CGACUAUGAGCGCGCCCGGUGCUGCGUGGUAGGCGCACUGACAAACCGCGCUCUGCGCGACCCCGCCGACUCAACCCCACCAGGCGCACGGAGCAACCGGCUUAUUUUUCCUGCAAGAGAGAAAUAGAGGUAGAGAGGUAGAGAGAGAGAAGCGGUUUGCACAUAACGGCGGCUUAUCUGCGCCUGUGCGCAUGCGAUCGGUGCAAUUUCCCGCGGUAGCCAACAGGUUGCACUAACGCUGUUAAGAUGUGUCAUGCUCGUUCGGUGGGGGGAAAGAAAGUCUGUUAAAAAAAAACAAACUUUUGUGGGCGGGGGCUUCGAUAAAUAUCUAAAGAACGGCAUUACCUUCCAUUAAAAUUUCAUUACAGCAGAAAUCUCAACUAGGAAAUAUUGCGCUUGGAUUGCCUGGAUGCAGUGGUAACAUUACGCGUUACAAACGGCUCCUCCAGGGAUAUACAUAAAACAAACUAUUUAUAUAAGUUUUGCACGGGGCCGCUGUUUGGCGCAACACACGCGCACAGGAAAUGGUGCGGCCGUAUUUACCUUUCGUCAAUGCGUCCAUUCGGAGGCGACGUUUGUUUAAAAUGAAAAGUUGAGUUUAACGUGCGCGCUUUGCAGAAGUUCAGGUGAAAUAUGGGCUCGUGUUGUGAUAUUUAGUCGGCGGCGCUGGCGCAAACUUUGAAAAUGUGACCGCUUGCCUGGCUUCUAAUGCGCAUAAAAGGAGGCAGCCGCAGUACAAACACCGCGCAGAGCGUUUCUUUGCACACGCUGUCGCCACACGGACAAAGAAAUGGAUCAGGGUGAACUGAAGCGCACCGGUAAUCGAGACGACAGCCUGACAUUUGGGGGGACGACAGCCGCAGGUGACACAGCUGGUCCAGCGCUGCAGCCCGCCACGCACCGGCCGGGCCAAGGGUCCCUGGCCCAGCCCGCAGCGGGCCUAAACGGAAGGUGUGGAAACAAGAACCGGGGGGAUCCCGGAGGCCUCUUUGACUCCCCUCAGCACCGUGUCCCGUUUGAGGGCUCCGACCCCGAGGAGGGCAAAGCCAUUAGCAUGCAGAAGCAGCACCAGGAUAUUGUCCGAUUCAACGCCGAGGGCACCGGGCCGCUGCCGAAACACGGCGUCCCCGAUCUCGACCAGGCGGCCACCUCGGUCAUAAGCGCCUCGGUCUCCUCCAUCCUCGGCAACCUCCCCCUGCCGAACCUUUUCCCCCAGCACAUCAAGCAGGAGGCAAAUUUUUCUCCGGAUGAAGACCUGGAAACUUACCGCGGGCACACGGGCCCUGGUUCCUGUGAUUUGGAUGGCAACUGCAGUCGCCAAAUGGAGGAUAUCGAGAUUUGGCAAGACCUGGACCUUCCCAACACCCUGCCAGAAAUCAGCGAUUUUGAUUUGGAUUCAGAGGUGGCACACUUGGAUAACAUCCUACAUGACAGCAGGGGGGCCGGUGGUGAUGGUGGGUCGGUCAGCGGCUUGCUGAAGGAGCCAAACCUCCUCGUGGGCAACGAAUUGAACUCCACCGGCGUCAAUGGCUCGGAUCCGCAUCACCACCCGGUGCACCAUCGGCACCACCUGCACCAGCAGCAUCAGCUCCAACUACAGCAGCAGCAGCAGCCCGCCUCCCUUCUCUCCAGCGUCAUGAUCAAGGAAGAGAAGGACCCGGACGACUCCUUCAUCCACAUCCGGACCCCCGGUGUGGUCAAACAGGAGAAGCAGGACAGCGCUGGCUUCUGCCAGGAGCAGUGUCUCCAGAGCAGCAUGAGCUCCCACCACGGGGGAGGCCCCAUGUCCUCGCCUCUGGGCUUGGGAGUAGGAUCUAGCUACCACUACAGAGCCAGCCCGUCCUCCGCCGUAGGUCCAGCGGACCAGGAGCCUUUUGGACUGUACCCGACCCUGCCUCUGGCGGGGGAGAGCUGGGCCCGGGGGAGCAGGUUCGGAGAGACGGCCGUGUCACAGAGGGCCGACGAUGGGCUCCCCUCCGCUGCAGCCCUGUCAACCUUUUCUGUCGGCUUCUCCAGCUCGUCGCCGAGAGCUGGGGAGACUGUCGGUUCUGCGGCGGCGGGCCAAUCGAAGCCCGGUGGGCAGACGCACAAGAUCUGUUUGGUGUGUUCAGACGAGGCCUCGGGAUGCCACUACGGCGUCGUCACCUGCGGCAGCUGCAAGGUGUUCUUCAAGAGGGCCGUGGAAGGAUGGAGAGCAAGACAAAACACAGAUGGUCAGCACAACUACCUGUGUGCAGGGAGAAACGACUGCAUCAUUGAUAAGAUCCGCAGGAAGAACUGCCCGGCCUGCCGCUUCAGGAAAUGUCUUAAAGCCGGGAUGAACUUGGAAGCGAGGAAAAACAAGAAGCUGACCAAGAUGAAAGUCCCCACCAUGCCCGUCCCGGUCAUCCCCCGGGCGAUGCCUCAGCUGGUGCCCACCAUGCUGUCGGUGCUCAAGGCCAUCGAGCCUGAGGUCAUCUACUCGGGCUACGACAGCACCCUGCCCGACACCGCCUCGCGGCUCAUGACCACCCUCAACAGGCUGGGCGGGCAGCAGGUCAUCUCAGCGGUCAAGUGGGCCAAGUCGCUGCCAGGUUUCCGCAACCUGCACCUGGAUGACCAGAUGACUCUGCUGCAGUGCUCCUGGCUGUUCCUCAUGUCCUUCAGUCUCGGCUGGAGGUCUUACGAUCAGUGCAACGGCAGCAUGCUCUGCUUCGCCCCGGAUCUCGUCAUCAACAAGGAGCGCAUGAAGCUGCCCUUCAUGACCGAACAGUGUGAGCAGAUGCUCACCAUCUGCAACGAGUUCGUCAGGCUGCAGGUGUCCUACGACGAGUACCUGUGCAUGAAGGUCCUGCUGCUGCUGAGCACAGGUAAAGGAGACACGCCCCCCCCCCACCCCCCACCCCCCCUCCGUGCCUCGUUGAUCAAAUGCUGCAAAGCAGAACCUGAAAGUCUAUUAGACCAAAAGAGGACAUAA